AAUAAAUUCUUAAUGUUGCUGACCCUGUUUUAACGUGAUGUUUACUUUCUUUUCAAGAGAAGCUAGCUUUCCAAUUUCCUGGUGUUUAGUAGCCUAGCUUACUGUACAUUCGCUGUUAUUUUUUGAAUGUAAUUGUUGUUUUUAUUUCAUGGUAGGGAUUAGUUUCAUGAAUUUGAUACUGCUUCGAGUCUUUAAAUUCAGUUGAAUGUUUCACACAUUAAAAUGAUUCUACCAACUCGGUUUCGCAAUAAGCUUGGCUGUGGAAUUAGCAUAACAGUGUUUGCUCACGCAUCACAAAAAGCAGUGACUGCCUGUUCUUCAAGGACUCACUUCGCCAGGGCAUAUAGUUUUCAGCUUUUCAUCGUCAUGAGGUUUUAUUUGUUUUCGAGUAUUUUCCCAUUAAACCAGAUGUCGAGUUUUUGUAAUCCCCAUAUCAUCAUCGAAAGUAAUUGUCAUGAAAUUGUGUGAUCAACCAUUUAAGAAUUACCUGAUCUGUAUUUUUAAUUUAAAAAUCCUCGUAAACUCCGCCCAGAAGGUAAAAAUCACUGAUAAACUGAUAACCCCUAUUCCAAUUUAUUCUUCGGCGGUGACUGUUUGUUUCUUGAUAUAUUCUACCCACUGUAACCCUGGAUAAAUUUGACAAAGAGGGAAGCUUGGAAGUUUCUUUUGUCUGUAUAUAGACGUUUACUCUUGGUUGCCAUGGCAACAAUAUUGAGGAAAUUUAAGGCAGUGCGCAAAGAGGUGAUUUGUUAGUUUUUCUUUGAUCAUUACUGACAAAGGGCUAAGGAUAAUGCGACAUUGUUAUUAAGAAGAAGCUCAUCUGCAGAAGUUUGCUGCACGUUGGUCUAUGUUCUUUAUUGGCUUCUGCCUUUUGUUUGGAGUACUAAGUGCUUGACAAGCGCUCGAGGCCAACUUUACCAGUUGGGAGUUUAUAUGUGACUCAACUUUACAACAUGCACAAGUAAAGAUCAAGACUGCCAAGUGUUCGUAAAAAUUUAUCUUGGAAUGGCUCGUUUUUGAUAAGGAGAUCAUUUGUGCGUGUUUUCUUCAGCCUGGAUUGUUGCAAAGCGGCUAGGAUUGCCUGUUUUUGAUCUAUCGAUUCAGCUCUGCUAAUAGUGCUAUCUCCAGCAUUCUUCUGGAAGCUUGAAAGUUGCAUCGGGAAUGUCUUACCAUCUUAAUUGGUCGGUGAUUACUUAAAAUAAUAUACUCUACGCUUUACUCAAGCAGUUAGCCGCAAAGGAAUACCAGGUGUUUUCAAAUCUCUCCGUCAAUUAUCUAUUGGAUGUUGGGAACAAUAACGUUCGGUUUUCCCAAAUCAGCUGCAGCUGAAGGUCAUUAACGGGUUGGCUUUUUACAGUUAUUUAUAAUACUUACAAACAUGUAUUUUCAGCUUUCUUCGAAAGGUUAAAAAUGGAAAAGUGCGAGAACAAUUUUGAGACUAUAUCGAACUUCGUUGGCGUGAUAUUUGGCAUUCUUAAUUCGUUGAUUUCCCUGCUGUCUUUGAUCGGGAAUUCCACGAUAUUUUACGUGUUCUUGAAAGAUCGUCGACUGCGCAAAUCUUCGAACUUGACUUUACUGUCGCUUGCCAUGACAGAUUUGUGUGGAGGCUUGUUGCAUGGACCUUUGUUUGUCCCGCAGUUGUUUGCACUGGAAAUGCGCCAUAAUUGCCCCUUCAACACGGUGCGAAGGUUCUUUUCCGCUUUUCUGACGGGUGCGUCUAUGAGCUGCAUCGCACUGGUCAGCUAUGAUCGUUACAUGCAUCUCUCGAAGGGCCAUCAAUACACCGCAUACAUGACGAUUCGCAAAACAGCACUCCUAAUUGUGUUAUGCUGGAUGUUGCCUGGUUUGAGCCCGCUUAUGAACUACAUCAGUAUCGGACAUGCCUUCUUCUCCAGUGUCAUUUUUAUUUAUACUUUUGUGAUGUUGUUCAUUAUUAUAAAAUCAUAUUUUACAAUUAUGAACAUUGUCAAAAAGAAAGAGCUGCAGUUGAAGCAGGCUAGAUCAAUGGCCAAGAAUAGUGGCACUGAUGCUGUAAGUGCGAGUCGGCUUCGGGCCGGACGAGCGAUCGCAAGCGUUAUUCUAUGCUUCAUUCUCUUCUACUCCCCGUUGGCUGUAUACCUUGCGCUGGUUGCUGUAAGUGGCUUAUCUGGCAAGGCCUUUCUGCAACAGGAACAUUUUGAUAUCAUCUAUAUUAUAAUAAUUACAGUAUCUCUUACUAAUACCAUCAUCAAUCCGUUCAUAUACUAUUACCGCAUUCCCGGCUUCAAAGAAACGUUGCUGCGGCGUUUGGGUAUUGCAAGAGUCCGCCCUAGUGCCAGCCUAUCAUUGCGGGUUUUAGAAUCCAAUUCAUAAUCGUCGUGCCUGUUCUAAAUUGUCACUCCUAUAUCGCUUGUUUAUCGUCAAUUUAUUUUAUCUUAUAAGUUUAAAAGUCUAUGGUAAGGCGAAUAACACAGUGCAAAGAGAACUGCUGCGAAAACUUGCCAAAGAAGCAAGAAAUAUAUUGUUUACUUUGGGCACUUACUCGAAGGGAAAGCCUCUGAUUCAUCAUUUCAAAACAAUGCAGUUUUGCAAUUAAAGCUACAUGUUUAGAUUUUCUGUUCAGCGACCAAGCCAGCUCUGUUCGAGCUUAUCUGUUAAACAUAGCACGGUGUGAUUUGGUUGUUAUGAUUGGAUAAAUCCUUUCUAAAGCCAUAAAUUUUGGCGCUUGGUUGAGAACGAUCACUUUGUCAUGACCCAACCAUCAUGUCCCGCUGGACUCUCUUUGGCUAAGAACACAGAAAUCAAAUAACGAAAUUUUUUUCUCGCAAUACAUCCGCCAAUUUUAGAUUGGAAGGCGUCAUGGCUGGUUGUUAAAAAGUUCCUUAAAAACGUAUGGAAUCUUACAGUCCUUGCGGAUGAAUGCUCAAGGGGAAUGAUCCUUGAUAUGGUUUCUACUGAAAAGCGAGAUGAUAUUCAUUUUCUUUGUAUUUACACUACGCAUUGACAAGGCCCUGAUUUUGAUCGAGCAAAAUGCAGGAAAAUAACGAAACCAACGCUUUUCCUUCCGCAGCAAUUAUCUAUUUCCUUCCAGGCUUUUUUUAUAAAAUGCGGUCGAUUUGUCUUUAACGUAGACUGAAAAUCAAUAUUUUAGUUUCGAAACUGGUAGAUUGGUUUAUUCAACAGGAAGAGAUGAAAUUAUUUAUUAUGAUAAAUGAAACUAUGUUUAUAAAUUUCCUAGUUGUUUUCUUUGGUUUUUUCUUUUGAAAGCCGCUGUAUGCAAAACUUUCAAUUCCAUUUUGAGAAGAUUGCUCAAUAUGAAUAUUUAAAGAGACCUGAUAAUGAUUGAUAAAGAGGAAUUGUUACUGUUCCUAAUGUUAAAGAUUUGAAAGGCAUAUAUUGGUCUGAUGUAAACAGAAUUUGAUACCUAGCUGCGUUUGCGCUAAUCUCGGCUUCUUUUUGAAGCAGGGCUGCAGAAGUUAUUGGAAACUGAAAACAAGGUUCCGAAAAGUAAUUAAAGUUGGAGAAAGUUUUUCCAAAGUAAAAAAUUUUACCAGCAAAAAAAGAAAAUUAAUUUAGAUAAAGUAAGAACAUUUGAUAGCUACAGCAUCUUUUACAAUACAAAUGGUUUUUUUCUACUUCCCUUCAAAUAAAAAUGACCUAGUUAAUUUUGAUACAAGUACAAACAAUUGUGUGGAAUUGGUCGGGAUUAGAAGUGAUUAGAUGGGAUUAUAGAGUAAUUUUAUUGCUGAGUGCCUACAAAUGUUUUCAAACAUUCUUCUGACAAUCCGUAUGAUAUUUGCAUCAUUAGGAGACUUUGGGCAAGAACAAUCUGUAUGCAAGUUGAAUUAUGGUAUAAUACGUUCAUUUCCAGUAAACAUUCCCCUUUUAAUAUUCUUCUUUGCCAUAGACUUUGUCCUGAAAACUUUCCCCUUUUCAAUAGGUUCCCAAUAACAAACAAUUUUUUUGCAAACUUGUUCGGUGAGGUCCCCGCUGAGUUUCGGACUCAAACACAAAAUCUCCUCCUUAAUCUAAAAUGCUUAACCCAAAUGAACCCUACUGGUACAAUUCCAACAGGAAUGUGACCAUUUUGAGCGUCCCCAUGAAAACACAGUUUUUGAUGCCGUUUUUGUAUCAACAUAUAACUGGUUACAGUCAGGUAAACUCUUUUAGUUGCUGAGCACCUUAAGCAUAUUUGACAAACGCAGUCCAAAAUGCAAUGGAUUAGCUUUGUGCUUGGCAACCAUGAUCAGCAUUCACUCUGUUGUUUGAUUUUUCAACUUUCUUUGAAGGUUUUGAUAGCUUAAAAGAUGGAAUUGGGUCGUUUUAACAUAUAAGUCGGCCAUAUAAAACGACACAAAGCUUUUGAUGCGCCAAUGAGCAAAAGUUUUAUUUCUUAUUAAAAAAUACACUAUAAAGCAAAAACUGUUACAUUAAAUAAAUUUUAUUUCUUUUAGUUGAUUUCAAUGUUGCAAGGUCGUUUGAUUAUUGGCUAUCCACAAUUUACAAUGAUUUAGAAAUAAUUUUAAUUUUCUGUCUUCAGCAAUUAGUUUAGUUUCUACUUUUUACGAUCCCUCUUCUGCGUUUUGAAAUGAUCAUCACUGCUUUGUCUUU